AUGAGUGAUGGGGGAAGUAAGUCACGUGGUGGUAAGAUGGGGACAUCUAUCCGAGCUUCCAGCAUUUCUGAAGAGGCCGUUGCUAGUGCUGAAAAUGAGCUUUCUAUGAUGAUUGAAAAAUUAAGUCAUACACGCCAAAGAAUUGCUUAUGCUUUAAUUGAUCAACACAAAGAUGUGCUGGAUAGAGCAAAGCAUGACUAUGAACAACUGAAGAAAACCGUUGACGAACUGCGGGCAUCUGAUCAGAAUGUCGAGUUGGUAAAAGAGUUGAAACUACGAAUAAAAAAGCUGGAAGGAGUCGUGGGUGAAUCCACCAAGGAUUCUGAUGUGUCUAAGAGAGUGCUUCAGAUAGCAACAGUCGUUAUAGGUGUAGAUGUUGCUGAUGGGGAUGCUAUUGUCAAUGUUUACAUAAACCAUGAGAAGAAGGUUGUCUUCAUGGAGAUGAGAUCUAUUGAGGAGGCCAGUAAUGCCAUGGCCUUAGAUGGAAUUCUUUUUGAGCUUCGCUGUUUGGAACAGGGUGUUGACUUCCUAGUUGCCUCUCCAGGACGCUUGGUGGAUAUGAUAGAGAGAGCCAAAGUUUCUCUCCAAAAAGUCAAGUAUUUGGCUUUGGAUGAGGCCGAUCGAAUGUUGGAUAUGGGGUUUGAGCGCUAG